GGAGGGAGCGCCGGGGUGCGGCGGGCAUGGAGCGGGGCCGGGACGGGGAGGAGGAGCUGGAGGAGGAGGAGGAGGAUGAGGAGGAGGAGGAUGGCGGCCCGGAGAGCGCCCUGGAGAAGAGCCCGUUCCAGCUGACGGCCGCGGAUGUCUACGACAUCUCCUCCGUGGUGGGCCGGGACCUGCUGCAGCUCCGCGCCGGGCCGCAGCUGCCCGCCGCCCGCGCCCGGCUGCAGUUCAGGAUCGUCAGGGUGCUGGAGAUGCUCGAGGCGCUGGUGAGCGAGAGCAGCGUGGCCGAGGAGCAGCUGCGGAGAGAGCGGGACAGCCUCCGGCGGGAGCUGGAGCAGCUGCGGGCGGCGGCCCGAGGGAGCGCCCCGCAGCCCAGCCUUGGACCAGAUCAAAUGGUGAUAGACCUCACAGACCCCAACCGGCCCCGGUUCACAUUACAGGAGCUUCGAGAUGUACUGCAAGAGAGGAACCAGCUGAAAGCUCAGCUUCUGGUGGUGCAAGAGGAGCUACAGUGCUAUAAGAGUGGGAUCAUCUCACAGAAAAGGGACCAAACUGAAGAACUGGCAAAAGAAGCCAGUGGCAGCAGUGCUGGCACCAGCAAGGACAGUGAAGAGAAGACAAUAAUCAAACGACUGUUUUCUUUUAAACAUGGAAAAUGAGCAUCCUCAAGGACUUAAGUGCUGCUGGUGAGAAUGGCACUGAUGAGCCUCAGAGGCAUUGGGAAAGACAAUGACUGGAAGCAGCAGCAUCACUCCUACUGUAGAGAAUGAGCAAUCUCAUUUAAAUCACAUUGUAUAAUAUUCUUUCAGAAUAGAUUGUACUCUGCUUUUUCAGAAGCUGUUUGAAAGAGACACUUUUUGUAUUUCUUACUGUCAGACGUUACCCACAUGUAGAAAAUAAAACGUUUAUACAAAGUUGGGGUUUAUUCUCAUUAAAAGAGCCUGUGAUGAUCUGUACUAGAGCCCACUUAUAUCCUGUCCAGCUAUCAAAACAUUCAGCCCAAAUGAUGUUGUAAGAUGAAGAUAAGUUAAGAGAGGCAUGCCAUUCACAAGUGGAUGUUUGGGGGUGAGAUGAGCAGUGAAGCUAAGCUGCUGCAAUGG